AUGACCCUCUGGGCUCAGGUUGCUCCACACCGGCCUCAGGGCAACAAACAGCACUUCUUGAAGCCCGCCCCGGUGCCUCUCCUUCCUGCCAAGACCUCGCCUCUUGAUGGCAAGCUCGUUCGGGUGGAGAAGCCUGCUGUAUUCGAUGCCGAUGGGAAGGAAACUUCCCCUGCACAGAAUCGGGCCCUGAACCAGCGAGAGGUACCCACAGGAUGUCAAAUCGUUGAUAUUGACAAAGACGGCUCAUGCCUUUACCGAGCAGUUGCCCAAGGGCUCACUUGGCUCAGUGGCAAGAAAAAGACUGAGCACUGCCACCGAGACCUGCGCGCUCGGGCCAAUGCCCACCUGAGGAAGCACCAGGCACAGUAUGUUGAUGAGUGGGACGGAGCUGGGCCCGCUCUUGAGCAACUUGCUGCUGAAAGCCUGACCAAAGCCGAAGGUUUCGCCAAAUACCUCGACUUAGCCGAAAAGGAAUCAGCCUAUGGCUCGGUCUUGGAGCUCAAAGCUCUUAGCAGGAUUUACGACGUGUGCCUGAUGGUCAUCCCCCGAGAUGCCAACUUCGGCACAAUGGUGUUCAAGGAGGCAAAGGCCCAAAAGCACAGGGCCAUUGUGCUUUGGUAUACCCCCAAGCACAUCGCUCUGGUGAGGCCCACCAAGCCGACUGACCACUACCCUGAGGCCCUCUUCUCCGGAAGUACUGGUCAAGUCAUUGAUCUGCGAGCUGGUGGUCGAAGUUGCCACCCCAGUGAGGAGGAAGGUUCGGUCUGGACCAGAGCCUCGAAUGCGCCUUCGAUUGAGGCCCCUCCUGUCCCUGACUCUGAGAUCCGCCGACGCAAAGACAACAAGCCUGACCGUUUCCGGCUGCCUCAGGGUCCUGACAUGAAGUACCGGUUGUUGUUCAAGUGCGAGCUUUGCCCAUACCGCACCACCCGAGCCGACCCAAACAACUUGAGCGCCGUUAAGGCACAUCACACGAAUACGUGCCACGGUGGCGAGGGCCAACUGCCAAAGAUAGCCAGCCACAAAUGGUUCGCGAGCCGUGGCAAGGUUGAGGAUUUUCACUGGCGAUGCCCACUGUGUCGCACCGGGGUGAAGAAAGUGCGAAACGAGAUUUCGACCAAACGCCUUUACCAGCUUAAGCGCCAGCACAAAGAUCAAUGCCACCCUGAGGUUUCCAGAUCUGAGUGGCUGACCUUGAUGCGGGCCCCCACUGCUAACUCUGCGGCCCAGAAAAAGCGCGCCUUGCGCCUGGGAAAGAGCAAUGUGGAGGCUGUUCGCCUCAAAUUGCCGCCCCACAUCAUUCCUUUCACCAUGCCCAGGCCUGUUCGCUCGCACAAAGGCCCAUUUUGGUGCAUCCUGCCCUUCUCUUCGAGCCAACUGGAUGAUGCAACGUUCGCUUCGGAGCCUCGCUGUGAAGGAGCUCCCCUCGCAAAGUUCAUCUCCCUUUUGACGUGCAACCUGGCUCGCAAAGGCAUCGCCUCGGUCGAUGCUGUGCGGGCCAUGCUCUCUCAGGAAUCGGUGCAGAUUGCAGCCUUCCAGGAGGCGGACAUCAACCCACUUUCGGCGGCUGGUUUCGUUGCGGCCUGGAGACGGCAUAAAUAUCAGGCCGUGCUUAGCCCUGUGGACUCCCGUGGCAUGCACCGUGUUGCCUUGGGUGGUGGUGUGGCCAAUUUUGGAGGGCCCUACCUCGGUGCUUGUGGUCUCUUUCUACGGCUACCCGGGCGACGCCCCCGGACUUCACUCGCCUUCGAUUCUCUCAUGUCUGCCGUGGCCACUUUCGGCGGACCCUUUGUGGUUCUGGGGGAUUACAACAUCACCCAAAUGGAAGGUUCACUUGCGGCUAUGCUUGCCACUGGGGCUAUCCGGGCCGCCGAUGAUACUGGGGGAUCUCUGCAUCCCAACACCAACCCCACCAACACCUGUCGCAUCGACUUUGCUGUGACUCACCAGAACCUGGUUGCUUGUCACGUGCGAACUUUUCGACUGCCUGCCGUUUCGGACCAUGGCAUCGUUCGGGUGGAUUUCCCGACUGCCUGUUUUCCCCGUUCGUGGAAGCGGCCUGCCUUCUCGCCGGCGCUUGCACCUGCUGAUGCCCCGGCCUCCGAGGCCCUGGCCCAGAGUUCUCUGCACAUCUUGCUGCUGGGCAAAGAAGGGCACGAGCCUGCCCCUUUGAGCGCCCUUCGCCGGCUCGCUCGCCGCUUAAGCCAGCUCGAGCAGCAGCCGUGGGACUCCCAAUUGCUCUCUAGCAUCGCUCGUUCACUUCGCAGAGUCCGGGCGUUGACCCCCGACUUGCCACACCUUGACCUUGACAGCCCAGUCGAUGCCAGGGCAAGCGUUGACAGCAUCAUUGAUACCUUGCAGCAACAGCAUCGCCAGCAUUGCCUGCAGAGGUGGAAGGAGAAAACCGCGCUCUCUUCUGAUGCGGCCCUCGCUUGGGUUAAAAAUCGUGCUGACCUGGAGCUUCGCACGCAGUCCCCCUCGCCUCUCCAGGAGGUGCCCAUUGCCCAGGUUCACCCGGCGCAACGUGUGCAACUGCAAGGCGAGGAGUGGACUCGCAAGUGGCAAACUCCCACCACGCCACCCGACUGUUUUCAGUUUGCGAAACUCCUGCAGGACAUCCCUAGUCACCCGACCUGUCACCUUGACCUUGAGCCGAACCCCACUGAACUUCGCAAGGCUACCAAGCAAAUGCGGAAGCGUGCACCGGGUCCAGACGGCUGGACCGGGGACCUUCUCUUGAGGCUUCCCGACUCGUUCUGGACCUCGCUUUCCGCCUUGUGGGCCCAGGUGAUUCGCACUGCCACGAUCCCGAGCCUUUGGCAACGGUCGAUCAUUGUCCUUCUGGAAAAGGGUCACAGUGCCUCUCGCCCGAUCGCCUUACUCCCUCUGGUCUGGCGAGCCGGAGCCAGGGUAAUUGCUCGUCGUCUCAAGGGCUGGAUUUGCCAAUGGUGCGACCACAGGGCCACCGGCUCUGCCCCGGGCCGCUCGCCAAUCGACAUGCACCGUCGUUUGCUGUGUGCAUGGAAGUCUGGAGUGCGCUCCUACCUCCAGCAAGACAUCAGUGCCUUCUUCGACUCUUUAUUGGUGCCUGUCUUGAAACUUGCCCUGGCCCAUUUGGGAGCCCCUCCGACCCUUGCUCCCCUGAUUGAGGUCUUUUACAGUCGGCAACUGCGACUCUUUACGGUGGACUCGUACACGUCUGAAAGGUGGCAUCGCUCUCACCACGGCCUGCUGCAAGGCUGCCCGCUUUCCCCUUUCCUCAGCUUGACGAUUGGCUUCCUCUGGGCCCAGCAUGUGACUAAACCGGGAGUGGAAGCGGGCAUUUAUGUUGAUGAUCGGAUUCUCUGGCUUACCGGGCAAGACCAGUCAAAGAUCGAUGCGCAGAAUGCUUUGCGUCGCAGCGACUCUUUUGAUGCCGCUGCCGGGCUCACCUGCAGUUGCCGAAAGUGCCACUUGGUCACUACCCAACCUUGUUGCCCUUGGCGUGCUGAGGCAGAAGCUCGGGGCUACCAGAUUGGCCCCACUCUGCAGUACCUUGGAGUCGAGCUCUGCCUGGAUUCGGGCGAAGCCGUGCCGCUCAAACUCAGCUUGCACAAGCUACAGGUGCGCCUGAGACAUACGGCCAACCCGGCCUUCCCUUUUGAGGUUCGCAGACAGGUGAUCAGAUCUCUGGUCUUCCCCGCAAAGUAUCGCGGCCGUGUCCUCGGAUGGACUUUGGAUGUGAGCUGGGUCGCCGACUGGAGUGCUCUUGCGGCUUUGACUCGGGCCCUUGUGCAACAACCUGACUGGCAUGAGCACCUUUCCUUGCAAGAGCUUGCCUUUCUUCGCACUUCGAGUCUCCCUGGGGCCAGUUCUACCCUGCAGAAACUCCAGUGGCGACUGGACCCUCAAGGCCGGGCUUUUGAGCGAGUUGACGAUGCUGGCCGCCAUCGCACUUACCGAUUUGGCGAGGACUCCCCUGAGGUCCUCAAACAGUGGCUCACCGAAGCCCACAAAGCAGAGGCCACCCAUAGGCAGGUAUAUGCCAAAGCCACCACUCGUGCGGAAAAGCAUGCUGCCCUGGCCUGUGGUGGCACCGGCUGGCAUUUCAGUACCAGGCACUCGCUGACUGGCCCUGUGCAGUGUCUUUGCUCGAAGCUCUGGCCCUCUCGAGCCCACCUGCUUUGGAGCUGCCCAAACUUCGCAGAGGAGCGAACCAGACUCCCAACUCCGGUUGACAGGGUCGAGGAAAGAUUGCUGGGGCGACCUAUCCUGGAGUACCCGCCUGCCCCCGCGACAGGCGUGCAGGCCCUACAACCUCAGGUGUUACACCUUCUUGAGCAGGCUGCUGCAGAGAACCAGCUCGACCUCCUGUUCGCGACGGACGGCUCCAGCGAGCAGGGCAUAGGGGCGUUUGCUGCAGUCUGUCAACACCCUCGCCUUGACAUAGCUGGUGCUGACUCCAGCGAAGACCAAACUCCAUUUCGUAUGGAGUUGCUGGGUAUCCUGGGUGUACUUGAAGCUCUUGAGCUCACUGCCCGUCCACCUCGGCAAGUGACGAUCCUCGUGGAUUGCGUUCGCUCGCCCGACGACGAGGUAUUUCCUGGCAGAUGGUUUGGACUCCAAGCCAUGGGAAAAUGCCCGGAUGGGCGGCUGACGAAUGUGCAAAUCGGCUUCGGCGAGCACGCCCCCAAGGCGCAGAACGCGCGGGCUGGCACCAGGCUCUCGCUCAGGACUUUCUAUGUACAGCAUCCGAUUAGGCUCGACACCUGGAUGCACAGCUCCUCUGUCGAGCUGAUCGAAGUCC